AUGACUAUUUAUAACUUUUAUUUAUUCAAUCGUGAUGGGACUUGUAUCUUCUAUAAAGAAUGGAGAAGAGAUAAGCAAUCAGGAAUGGCUAAGAGCGAGGAGUUCAAACUCAUGUUCGGUAUGCUAGUGUCGCUUCGGUCAUUCUCAGAGCGACUCUCCAGUAAAGAUGGGCAUCAGCUCGUUCGUUAUUUCAAAACGUCAUCAUAUAGGAUGAAUUACAUGGAAACUCCCACUGGAUUGAAAAUGGUUAUGAACACUGAUCCCUCAGCUGUUGGCAUCCCUGAGCUCAUACGCUCUAUAUACCAGGUAAUACAUAGUAUAACUACGAUUUCAUCCACCCAUAUGUUUCAUAAUAAGAUCGUAGAAGUAUAA